AUGUAUUUUACCUCGCAUUUUUCCACACCUCCAGUCGCGCCUCCAGUCCAGACCAAAGCAGUGGCCACCACUACUGUUCCCCGGUUUCAAUACUUCUGGGACAAGGAUCCAGAACUUGAUGAUAUCCUCCACAAUCCUGACCCCAUCAUCGACGCCAAAAUGGACCGGUCCUGUCCCCUUUUCUCCUCGCGCGGCUGGGAGAACGUAAGCGCACUCGGGGUCACCCUUGUGGGGCUGAUCGCUCUAUUCCUUGGUUUUCCCAUCAUCAGCCAUUACACACGCACGGUCAACACUGCGCCUGGAUAUAAUCUUGGCGGAAUCAAUUCUACUGGGCAGGUACCGGACCUUCCUGGGUUCCCGAAGCUCAUAGAUGUGGAUACUCCCUCGGAGGCGUACUCGCGUACGGGGCACGAUGGGAAGCAGUACAACUUGGUGUUCAGCGACGAGUUCAAUACGGAUGGACGUACGUUCUAUUCUGGAGAUGAUCCCUAUUGGGAGGCAGUUGACUUCAACUAUUGGCCCACUGGUGAUGUUGAGUGGUAUGAUCCAAGUGCAGCCAUCACGCGAGAUGGCAAAUUGGUGCUUACGAUGACGGAGGAAAACAUUCACGACUUCAAUUUCAAGAGCGCUAUGGUUACGUCAUGGAACAAAUUGUGCUUUACUACCGGUUAUAUCGAAGUUUCGAUCAGCAUGCCUGGUAGUCCGAAGGCAGCAGGUUUAUGGCCUGCUGCAUGGACCAUGGGAAACUUGGGCCGCGCUGGCUACGGUGCAACUACGGAUGGAAUGUGGCCGUACAGCUACGACUCCUGUGACUUGGGCACAUUCCCGAAUCAAACAACAGCAUCUGGCGAACCAAAAGCCGCGCUUACGGGCGGGAGCGGCGGCUUACCCAUUAGCUACCUCCCCGGCCAACGCCUCUCUGCAUGCACAUGCGAGGGAUCUGACCACCCAGGACCCACCACCAGCACGGGGCGCGGUGUCCCCGAAAUUGAUAUCAUCGAACACCAAAUCGACACGACUAUCUGGCACGGUCAAGUUUCGCAGAGCUAUCAGGUCGCACCAUUCAAUUAUCACUAUCAGGCUGAUCAUUCACCAAGCGUGACGACUAUUUACGAUGAUAUGAUAACCCACUUCAAUACGUAUAAUGGUUCUAAUUUGCAGCAGGCGCUGUCAGCCCUGACGUACAUUGAUGAGACAUUGUAUAAUGGGACUGGAUAUGGGGCAUAUGGGUAUGAGUGGUAUUCGAAUCCGGAUAAUCGCGAUGAGGGGUAUAUCACUUGGUAUAGCGAUGGUGUGGAGUCGUGGACGGUGACGUCUGGAACCAUAGGAGCCGAUUCCACAGUGGAGAUCAGCCAACGACUCAUCGCAGAGGAACCUUUAUACAUCAUCUUCAACCUGGGCAUGUCGCCCCAGUUCCAGGCACAGGAUUACAAGCACCUGACCUUCCCGAGUUCGAUGUACAUCGACUACGUCCGGGUGUAUCAACGUUCUGGAACGGAGAAUGGGUUGACGUGUAAUCCCCCAAACAGACCUACGACAGAUUAUAUCAAUGAUCAUCAAGAAGCGUACACUAAUCCUGAUUGGAAGACAUGGGGUGCGGCGGGGUACACGUUCCCACGGAAUUCUGUUUACGACGGAUGUUGA